AUGGCCAGCGCUGGUCGAUACUUCUACCCUGCGGGAUUUUCCCGCCACAUUGCGACCAUCCUUGGGUUCCCGUCGAAACAAUCAAUCGCCCGGGAAUACUAUAAGCUCGCUUGUACUGAGAUCGCAGCUCUGGCUGGUGCAGUCUCUGCCUUCGAGCCAGUCCGUUUAUACGCUCGGCCUGAAGAUGUCACCCAUGCAGAGACAUUGGUCCGCCAAUCCCUUACCGGCGCAUCCGGCAACAUGUCCAAUGUCUCGGUCAUUCCACUCCCGACGAACCACCUAUGGGUCCGCGACACCGGCCCUGUUUAUGUGCGCGGCCUGAGAGAAUCAGACCGACAUCGCCGAUUCGCAAUCAAUUUUCACUUUUGUGAAUGGGGGAGAAAGGACGAAGUCGCGGACGCGCACCAAGCAGCUGACGGACGCGACUGGCCGGAAAUGACUGCAGCGGAGCUUCAAGAAAACUCAGAUUUCGCAAAACGUGUUAUCUCCGCAGAUGAUUCUCCAUCUCCUGUAACACUUGUCGAAUCGAAGAUUUGCUUAGAGGGAGGGGCCCUGGUUGUCGAUGGCGAAGGAACCCUCUUGGCUACGGAAAGCAGCAUCAUCAACGAAAACCGCAACCCGGGUCUCUCGCGCGAUGACAUCGAAGCGGAGCUCAAACGCCUUCUAGGGGUCGAGAAGAUCAUCUGGUUUCCUGGUCGGAAGGGCCUUGAUGUUACUGAUGUUCAUGCGGACGCGGAGGUCAACUUUGUGCGGCCAGGUGUUCUGGUUCUUUCGCGCCCACACCCGACGGCGCCGAAGCCAUGGAUUGAGAUCUAUGAAGAGAUUAGGGAUAUCUUGAGUCGGUCGGUCGAUGCGAAGGGCCGCCCCUUUGAGGUACACACCAUCGACGAGCCUGAUCCCAAGGCACUCGGCCCCUUGACUUAUGACGAGCCUGCGACCAACUAUGUUAACUUUUACUUUGUCAAUGGAGGCUUGAUCGUUCCGCAGUUUGGGGAUGCGACGCGCGACAAGGAGGCCGUGGACACUUUGCAAUCUCUAUGCCCAGAGCGUACAAUACGUCCAGUUCUGGUACAGGCGGUUCCGCUGGCUGGUGGCGUGCUCCAUUGCUCCACGCAGGGUGUUUUCGCCUUGGAGGACUAG